CAUUUAUUCCAUUAACUGGGACACUUUUAAAUACUGAAUUUCAAGUCAAUUCCUGAGGUUUAAUGUUUUACAAAUGGUCUAAUUCCAAACAGUUUAAUUCCAAUUCCAUAACUUGAAAGAUUGUUGACAUUUUAAUUGAAUUCAAGAAUUGAAUUAGAAUUUCAAAUUAAAUUGGAAUUGACCCCAAACCUGUACUUCUGACUACCUAAACUAGUUUGUACAUAAUUUGUCUAAAGUCUCCCAUGUCAACAAAAACAUAUAUUCUCUUGUUCAGUUCACAGGCAUGCUACCUGUGCUCCCUCUGGAAGUCCUGGAGGAGAUACUCUUGAAUGUACAUCCGCACCAGGUGGUGUGUGUGUGUCGACUGGUGUGUCAUGAGUGGAAAGAAGUAGUGGACAGUGAUUCUCUUUGGAGAGAGAAGUGCCGAAGAGAGGGAUACCAGACAUGUGAUUCCACUAAACUACCUGAAGACUGGUGUUUGUUUUACUUCUUGUGUAAGAAGAGACAUAAUCUUAUCAAAAAUCCCAGAGCAGAGGGUAAGAGUCGAGACCAGAGAAAUGUCUAAAUUCUCUACAUUGGUGUGGUGGUCCUGUCGUUAACUCCAGAACCAAUAAUUCAAAUCCUGCUUUUUCUCCAGAUAAAUUAAAUGGCUGGCAUAUUAUGAAGAAUGGAGGGGAUCAAUGGAACAUCGGGUCAGUGGGCCCUAAUGAUACAGACCUAAAAUACUUUGUGACUUCUUACGAGUGAGUAUAUUGAGUAUAUUACUUUACCAUAUUACAAUUACAGUGAGAGGGCCUUUACUUGGCCCCACUUUGAUACUCAUUAACGUCCAAGGACCUUACAGUGCCUUCAGAAAGUAUUCUUACCCCUUGACU